UUCAUUUUGCACUCGUGAGGUGUGAAACUAGUCAUAUUAUAAAUAACCCAGUUUUCCAUCAAGCGCUAGGUAACACGAAUUGGGCCACCAAUGGUUUCUUUUGUUGAAAUUGUUAAUCACUCGCGUUCCCUCCCUGAUUCCUUUAGUAAAAAAAGAGAAAAUUAGGGUUCAUCAGAAGAUUCUUCGCUCUUCUUCAAAAGAAAAACUAGGGUUCACUUUUUGCUCCUUGUUCAUUUGUUUUUCCUCCCGAAUCGGAAAAUUCAAAGAUUGAUCGGUGAUUCAGAUCUGAGAUCGUUACGUUAAUCAAUGAAUGCAAAACAUCUAGUGGUUGGUUCUGGUUCUCCUAGUGAGAAUAGUGGCUCUAAGGCUGUUUUGGAAAUAAAUGGCCUCGUUCUCAGACCAGUAGUAUCCGGUGAAGCAGGUGAAGGCUUACCAUAUGCUCCUGUUAAUUGGCCUAAUCCUGGUGAUAUUUGGAAAUGGAAAGCUGGAAAAAGGAAAAGCGCUAAUGGGCUCAUGCAAGAUAGGUACAUAUAUCUUCCGCCAAGUUUACAGAAGACUGCGGAAGGGAGGAAGGGUUUUGCAAGCAAGCUUUCACUUCUAGAGUUUAUCAAGAAGGAAUAUCCUACUGUAGAUUUGGAUGCCUUCUUUGCUACUUUUAGUUGGAAAAUGCCUUCGACAGACUAUGACCCAGAUGCAAGUGGUAGUGGAUUGCGUAAACCAUAUGGAUCUAAAAUAAAGUCUGAGACUAUGAAAUGUAGAAUCGGAAACAAGAAGUGCAGUCUCCAACAAUCAACAAAAAAACGCUCUUUACCAACUAUAGAUUGUGAUAUUUGCUGCAGCGAGAGUGGCUUUUGUCGUGAAUGUUGUUGUAUACUUUGUUGCAAGACUAUUGAUUCAGGAUAUCAAGGUUACAAUUUUAUUAGAUGUCAAGCAAAGGGAAGCGAGAACUUGAAUUAUGUGUGUGGCCACAUUGCUCAUAUUGAAUGUGCUCUACGCACUUACAUGGCUGGGACGAUAGGAGGAAGCAUUGAGCUAGAUGCUGAAUACUACUGUCGACGUUGUGAUAAGAGAACAGAUCUCAUACCUUAUGUAGAACUAAUUCUUCAGACCUGUGAAUCUCACAACUCUAAAGAUGAUAUUGACAAGAUUCUAAAUAUGAUAUUCUGUAUUUUGCGUGGUUCAAGAAAAGAAAAGGCAAAGAAGUUAUUGAAACGUUCCAAUUUGGUGCUGGCAAAGCUUAAUGGCGGAAAUUGUCUUGACGAGAUAUGGAAUGUGGAAGAUAACAAUAUCUCAGGAGUUUCUGCUGGGAGUCGGGAAGUUGUUGAGAGUCAACAUCCUAAAGAUUCCAUUGUAUACAUUACUUCAGAUCACCGGGUUGAUUCCUCGAAACUUGACGAUGAGAUUAACAAAGUUCUUGCAGACUUGAUAGAAUCUCAGGAGGAUGAAUAUAGAAUUGCUAUGGAUAAUCUAAAUGCUCAGAAGAAAGUGCUUUUGGAUUUGUAUCAACAGCUGGAAACGGACAGGUCUGAGUUAGCUAAACGAACGUCAUCAGAAAUAGACCAAGGUGUGGAUAAUCUUAUCCAUGAUUUCUCGAGCAAAGUUAAUCAGAUAAAAAUCGAGGUCGGGAAACUCAAAGAAAUGGAAAAGGUAGCCAAGGGAUUUGGAAUGGUUCCGAAAGACACUUUGAAAGCACACUUCGGCUUGCAAAUUGAGAACUGAAGAGUGAUAGAAACAAACAAUUUUGCAACUUUAAUGCUUCUUUUACUCCUUGGACAUGUAUGUUACUGUAUCUUAGUUGUACUAUAAGGAACCUUGCUGAAACUAUGAGCACAGCGAUAAGUACUCAUACGAGGGACUAAUACCCCUCGUCAGUCAGGUGUUCAUCAGGUUGAUUCUCAAAUAUAGGUGUAAUAUACACACCCACAUCAUUCUUCUUCAACAAUUGUGUGUUUCUAAUCUGAUUGUUUCUCUGUUAAUUAGUUGUUUGAAUUCCAUUAUGAAACUGUAACACCAAUGUGACAUGGAUUUCCUUCCAAA